CAUGUCAUUCCGUGAAAUGACUUGUCAACACGACAUGGUUUUGUUAUCGUUGCGUAGUUCAUUAUUUUCGUUUAAACUGAGCCAUCGAGGCGAAUAGAUAGUCUUUGUUGCUUAUUGUCAUAUUUUGAGUCGCCUUCUGCACCAGUGUGUGUAAAGGCUUGACUUUAGCGUGUACUCUCAACUACAUCGAAUAUUUAUUAUUGCAUACCUACUUCGUCAAAGUAUCUGUGAUUUAAUUGUAGAGUAAAAGAUGAAGGCUAUCCUGGUAGCAGUUCUUGGACUCCUGGCUGUAUGCGCCCCAGCAUUCGCCACACAAUGUACCGUGAACCCAGUCAAUAUCCCAAAGGAAUGGAUCACAAUGCAGCGACCUUGCCGCGACAGCAUGCGCCGACAGAUACAAAUGGAGGUGGCCGCCUCGCUACAGUACUUGGCUAUGGGUGCCCACUUCUCUAAGGACACUAUCAAUCGUCCGGGAUUCGCAAAGCUGUUCUUCGAAGCUGGUAGCGAGGAGCGAGAGCAUGCAAUGAAGCUGAUCGAAUACCUGCUCAUGAGGGGAGAACUUACUUCUGAUGUCACAUCGCUCAUUCAGAUCAGGCCCCCAGAACGCAAAUCCUGGGGCACCGGUGUUGAGGCACUCGAGCACGCCGUCAAAAUGGAGAGUGACGUCACAAAGAGCAUCCGCACAGUGAUCUCGGAGUGCGAGAGCGACCCCAACUUCAAUGAUUACCACCUUGUCGACUACCUGACUGGUGAUUUCUUGGAAGAGCAAUACAAGGGACAACGCGACCUGGCCGGCAAGGCUUCAACACUCAAGAAGAUGAUGGAUCGCCACGCCUCUCUCGGAGAGUUCAUCUUCGACAAGAAACUCCUUGGCGUAGACUUGUAAACAGUACUCUGUGCCAUACAGCCAUAACUAUAUUUUUAAAUUCAGUACAAAUUUUCCCGCGCAUUUUGGUCGUACUUAUAUACCAUGCCAACAUCUUUAGAUCGAUAUUUCGAUUUCAUCAAAAUGGCAGUCUGAUACUGCAAUAGUUAAUAUAUAAAUUGUAAUCAUUUAUAGAUUUUCAAGUAGGAAUUGUACAAAAUGUAGUGUAAGAUUGUAAAUUACUCCACUCAAUAUAUAUUACGUAUUUUAUCUGUCAAUUAUGAUUAAUCUAGAACGCAUCGUAAUACUUUUUUUGGUUCUGUUUUAUCAUUCAAAGG